AUGGCUACCCUCACCACCAUCACGACUAUGACCAUCAUAGUUACGGCCAUCACUACCACACCUACCACAACAGCUACCACCACCUCAACGACAAUCACCACCACGUGCACUCUGAUUGGAGGCCCGAAAGCUAUGACUGCCAAGAUGGCAGCAGCAAUUUGUGGGGCGACAACAAAAAACUGUACUGCUGCAAGAACCAGAACGUUGGUUGUGAUUCUGCACCGAAAUACGAUUGUGGAGCAGGUCUGUUGA